ACAUGCCCAUCAAGUCACACUUCUCAUCCCAACUCACAAGCAAGACAUUUGCAAUUUGCAUUCCCUGGUCAUACCCCUGCCUCACCACCACUAUUACACACCACCGCCACCACCGGAAUGGAUAAAGGCCACAUCCUUCUUGUAACUUUUCCGGGACAAGGCCACAUCAAUCCGUCCCUCCAAUUCGCCAAACGCCUGGUGGCAAGGGGUGUCAAAGUUACGUUUGCCACCACCCUCUCCGCCAUCCGGCGAAUGAACAAAACCACUCCAACCCCACAUGGUUUAACCCUAGUCCCUUUCUCCGAUGGCUACGAUAACGGCUUUAAAGCUGAGGAAAUCAAAGAAGUCACGUCCGCAAUCCGUUUUCACGGUUCUCGAGCAGUUGCGAAUCUCAUCAAUGCCAGCGCAGACGAAGGCCGUCCCAUCACACGUGUGGUCUACACCACAUAUAUCCCAUGGGUGGCAGAAGUGACACAUAACCUUCACGUACCAUCCACGCUUCUUUGGAUCCAACCAGCAGCUAUUUUGGACAUCUUCUACUAUUACUUCAAUGGGUAUGCGGAUGUUAUUAGAAAAAGGAGCCGUGACCCUUUUUGUGCCAUUGAAUUGCCAGGACUUCCACUGCUCACUAGCCGUGACAUUCCUUCCUUUCUACUCCAUUCAGAUCCCUACAAUUUUGAACUGCUAGAAUUCAAAAAGCACGUAGAGAUACUUGAUGCCGAACCAAAUCCACAAGUACUAGUAAACACAAUCGAUGCUUUGGAAUCCAAUACUCUACGAGCUAUCAAGAAGCUCAACAUGAUUCCAAUUGGGCCGUUAAUCCCAUCAGCUUUUUUGGAUGGAAAAGAUCCAUCUGAUACUUCAAAUGAAGGUGAUAUGUUUCAGAAGUCAACGGAGUAUGUAGAAUGGUUGAACUCAAAGCCAGAAUCCUCUGUUGUUUAUCUAUCAUUCGGAAGCAUUUCCGUGCUAUCAGAGAAACAAAGGGAAGAGAUGGCACACGGGUUGUUGGAAAGCCAAAGACCAUUCUUGUGGGUGGUAAGAAAAACUGAUCAAUAUGGUGAGAAUGUAGAAAACGAAAUAAGUUGCAUGGAGGAAUUGGAAAAGCAGGGGAUGAUUGUGCCAUGGUGUUCUCAGGUGGAGGUUCUGUCACACCCUUCAUUGGGAUGUUUUGUGACGCAUUGCGGGUGGAAUUCUACAUUGGAAAGUUUGGUUUUUGGGGUUCCAAUGGUGGCAUUUCCGGGACGGAUGGAGCAGGAGACUAACGCAAAACUGAUCACACAUGUUUGGGAGACGGGGGUGAGGGUGACGGUAAAUGAAGAAAGAAUAGCUGAGAGGGAGGAGUUUAAGAGGUGCAUAGAAAUGGUGAUGGGGGAUGGAGAAAAAGGGAAAGAAAUGAGAGGAAAUGCCAAGAAAUGGAAGGAAUUGGCUAGGGAAGCUGUGAAAGAAGGUGGGUCUUCGGACAUGAAUCUCAAAGCUUUUGUGAGUGAGGUCGGAAAUUAAAAGCUUGUUUGGUAGCAAGAAAUUUGUUCUUGAUUGAAUCUUCCUUCUUGUUCACUUUUUGUUUUACUUUUUGCUUCGUUGUCACAUUUUGUAAUUCUAAAAGAUGAUGUAUUUUUAUUUUUAUUUUUAUUUUUAUUUUUAUUUUCGGUAAUUUGAAAUAAAUAAAUAAAUAAUGUAUUUGGUAAUCCUUAGAAUGAAUUAAAGAAGAAGGGUUUGUUUGUAACA